GGAACUGGAAUGUGGGCUGAGAGGUUAUAAGCAAGCUGGAUGAGGAGGCAGCCAGGGGUGGCAUUGAGGGGACCAAGGAAGAGGGUCAGCGGAGAGCAGGCUAUUGAAAGGAGUGAUGCUAGGGCUUGGGCCAAGUUGAAGUCAUGGAUGGAAAGGGAAGAGGAGGGUUGCGUGUUGGGGUUGCGUGUUGGAGACAGACCAGAUGCCAUCAUCUAGAGAGAGGGAAGAUGCUGCAGCUCAGGAAAGGGAAGGGACUCACUCAAGCCGCCCAACCCAGCGCCUAGAGCCCACCUCACCAGAGCCGGAACCCCAGACCCUUGAAGGGUCCCAGACUGGAGCAGAGGGAUACCCCAGCCCCGAAGCACCUCGGAGCCCUGCAUGGGGGGCAUAUCUGCAAAGCCUGGAGCCUAGCAGCCGCAGAUGGGUGCUGGGAGGGGUCAAACCACCUGAGGAGACUCCUCUGGGGCCAGGGAUACCUAGCAGUGGGGAACCUGCUGGCGAGAUCUGGUACAACCCCAUCCCUGAGGAAGACCCCAGACCCCCAGCACCUGAGCCAGGCUCUGCUGAGCCAGAGAGCCCAACCCACCAAGGUGCAGCCCCCGCCAGCCCCCCAACCAAAACCUCCCGCACCAAGUCCCCAGGCCCCGCCAGGCGCCUCUCCAUGAAGAUGAAGAAGCUCCCCGAUCUUCGGCGUCGCCUGAGCCUGCGAGGCCCCAGGGCUGGCCGAGAGCGUGAGAGGGCUGCCCCAGCGGGCUCUGUCAUCAGCCGCUACCACCUGGACAGCAGUGUGGGGGCCUCUGGGAGGACAGCAGCAACUGGGAGCACUCGGAGCCCCAGGGCUGGGUACCUCAGUGAUGGCGACUCCCCUGAGCGCCCAGUGGGGCCCCCAUCAUCCACUGCCUUUCAGCCCUAUGAAGCAGGCCCACCAGCCCGCGUGCCCCCGGCUGCACUCUGGGGCCGCCUCAGCCUGCACCUAUAUGGGCUGAGGGGGCUGCGGCCAACACCAGGGGCCACCCCAAGAGACCUCUGCUGCCUGCUACAAGUGGAUGGGGUGGCACGGGCCCGCACAGGGCCCCUUCAAGGAGGGCCAGACUUCCUGCAGCUGGACCACACCUUUCACCUGGAGCUGGAGGCUGCCCGGCUACUACGAGCUCUGGUGCUUGCUUGGGACCCUGGCGUGAGGCGGCACCGGCCCUGUGCCCAGGGCACUGUUCUGCUGCCCACAGUCUUCCGAGGCUGCCAGGCCCAGCAGCUGGCCGUCCGCCUGGAGCCCCAGGGGCUGCUCUAUGCCAAGCUUACCCUGUCAGACCAGCAGGAAGCACCCACCAUGGCUGAACCCCGUGUCUUCGGGCUGCCCCUGCCGCUGCUAGUGGAGCGGGAGCAGCCCCCGGGCCAGGUGCCUCUCAUCAUCCAGAAGUGUGUUGCACAGAUCGAGCGCCGAGGGCUGCGGGUAGUAGGCUUGUACCGUCUGUGUGGCUCAGCAGCAGUGAAGAAAGAGCUUCGGGAUGCCUUUGAGCGAGACAGUGCGGCUGUCUGCCUCUCCGAGGACUUAUACCCUGACAUCAAUGUCAUCACAGGCAUCCUCAAGGAUUAUCUUCGAGAGCUGCCCACCCCACUCAUCACCCAGCCCCUUUAUCAGGUGGUCCUGGAGGCCAUGGCCCGAGGGCCCCCAAGCAGAACUCCCCCAAGUCCUGAGGGUACCCGAGGGCUCCUCAGCUGCCUGCCAGAUGUGGAAAGGGCCACGCUGACUCUUCUCCUGAACCACCUGCGCCUUGUCUCCUCCUUCCACGCCCACAACCGCAUGACCCCGCAGAAUCUGGCCGUAUGCUUCGGGCCUGUACUGCUGCCGUCGCGCCAGGCACCCGCCCGGCCCCGCAUCCGCGGCAGUGGCCCAGGAGUCACCAGCGCGGUGGACUUCAAGCGCCACAUUGAAGUGUUACACUACUUGCUGCAAUCUUGGCCAGAUCCCUGCUGGUCCCCAGAGGCUCCAGACGUCGCCCCAAACUUGCGGCCCAAACAACAGCCAUCCCUGCACUUGCCGCUAGCGAGCCCCGAGGUGGUAACUCGGCCCCGCGGUCGCGGAGGCCCGGAGAGCCCCCCAAGCAACCGUUAUGCCGGCGACUGGAGUGUUUGUGGGCGGGACUUCCUGCCGUGUGGGCGCGACUUCCUGUCCGGGCCUGACUACGACCACGUGACAGGCAGUGACAGCGAGGACGAAGAUGAAGCCGGUGAGCAAAGAGGCACAGCUGACUUCGAAGAUGAGUUUGAUGCACCCUUCAAUCCGCACCUGAAUCUCAAAGACUUCGAUGCCCUCAUCCUGGACCUGGAGAGAGAGCUCGCCAAGCAAAUAAAUGUAUGCCUCUGAACACGUGGAACAGGGCGGGCCCCUCGUUACUAAGGCAAGGCCCUUAGUGACCUAAGGACCAGAAGUGUUGCUUAGGCCGAGCUCCUGGUUGCUAAGGGAGUUGCCAAGGCACCAGCCUCCUCAUUUAAAAGUCAUUCCCAGUUUCGAAAGUGUCCUUAUUUGGGCACUAGUUGUAAGGCCAGGCACAGGACUUGAGGGACUGGCCAUCUUUCCUGAGCACCAGGACUUAUUUGCCUCUUGUUGCCAAAAGGCAGUUCUGCUUGCUAGGCUGGCCUCUCUUGACCCCCUUUGCUGGGGUACACGCCAGUUACUGUGAGCAUCACUCGGGGUGCUGAGACACCCCGGGUGAGUCCUCUUGCUGCCAACCAAAUCAGUAUUAGCUUUGAGCACUGCACUCUGUUUCUCCCUCCUUUGGCGGACGCAAGGACUAUCAUGAGGUGCUGUUGGAGGGUGGGCAGCCCCUAUUCUGGGCUCCAGCUAGAUAGGAGCAGCCUGGGGCUUAUAAAAAAACAGCUGGUUUCCCCACCCUCUUUUCCAGGGAAGACCCCAUGGUAGGCCUCCAACUAGCCAAUGGGGAAAGAUGGCGGCGUCUGGCCCCUGCCUUCCUCUCCUCCCCUUCCCCAGAAAAAAUUAAGCACUUAGCCCCUCCCUUUCAGAGGGGCCUCCCCACCUGAAGUGUCAGGCUGGGGCACUUUGGUACGAAACCUAUUUAUUGCCUCCGUGCAUGUGUGUGUCUGUGUCUGAGGACUAGUGUGCAUGGACCUGCCUGGAGAGCAGGUUGAGGGACUUCCAGGGACCACGGAGGGGUUAAGAUUUAACCCUGCUAGGUACCCCAGAAUCCCCAGUAGUCCAGUGGGAGAGUAAGGUCCCCUUCCUGUUUCCCUCUUCUUUCCCUCACCUCCAUCUUUGUGAACAAUAAAUCAGUAUGCACAGGU